UCUCCCAGGACCGCGAGACCUCGCAGAUUGCACCGUGAGGCUGUCGCCUGCGCCUCUGCACCCCAAUCAAGGCAGCUAGCGAAAGACCAUUUCAAGCCCGUGGCCGCGCACUUGGCCUGCCGAGGUUGAGCGCAGCGGCGGAGUCUGCUUCCAGGCUGUACUUGCUGGGCGAGCUAGGAGGCGGCGAUCACAGCUGGGCUGGGACUUCCUUCCUCCACCGCAGGACAACAAAACAACCGACAGCAGGCACUGAGCUCUUGGCAGCUGUCUGAGCGAGAAGCACAGCGAUGGGCUCCCUGCUGAGUAGCGAUAGCAGCAAAUCCUCGCCAGCCUCUGCCACCCCACGGGCGGUGCAGCGCAAGGGGGACCCUGAGCUGCCGGUUACGUCCUUCGACUGCUCCGUGUGCCUUGAGGUGUUGCACCAGCCUGUCCGGACCCGCUGUGGCCACGUAUUCUGCCGUUCCUGUAUUGCUACCAGUUUAAAGAACAACAAGUGGACCUGUCCAUAUUGCCGGGCCUAUCUUCCUUCAGAAGGAGUUCCAGCAACUGAUGUGGCCAAAAGAAUGAAAUCGGAAUACCAGAAUUGCACCGAGUGUGACACCCUGGUUUGCCUCAGUGAAAUGAGGACUCACAUAAGGACUUGUCAGAAAUACAUCGAUAAGUAUGGACCACUACAAGAACUUGGGGAGACAGCAACAAGGUGUGUAUGUCCAUUUUGUCAGAGUGAACUGGAUGAAGACAGUUUGUUGGAUCAUUGUAUUACGCAUCACAGAUCAGAAAGGAGACCUGUGUUCUGUCCACUUUGCCGUUUAAUACCCAAUGAGAAUCCAGGCAGCUUUGACGGCAGUUUAAUAAGACACCUGCAAGUUAGUCACACUUUGUUCUAUGACGAUUUCAUAGACUUUAAUAUAAUUGAGGAAGCUCUUAUCCGAAGAGUCUUGGACAGGUCACUUCUUGAAUAUGUGAAUCACUCAAACACCACAUAAUUCUAUUAAGAGGAAGGGAAAGGGAACCAUUCAAUUGCAACAUUUAAGAUGCUGCUUGAACAAUUGGAGGGAAGUUGUCAAGGUUUGAUGGAGAAAAAUGUAUAACUGGUUAUGUGUUUGUCCAUACUUAUUGUUAUAUUGCAUCCAAAAAGUGUUCUCAUUUUGAUGAUUUAAGUCUGUUUUGCCUCUUGAAUUUCUCAGACAUUUAACAAGAAGUAGUCUCUGUCUGUCAUUAAUUAUGGAAGAAAUACCGGCUGAGUAUGUAGGUGGAGGAUCUCUUUGCAAAUUGGAUGACACCAUUUGGAAUGCUACAUUCAUAGUUAGGCAAGACAACUGAUCUUUGUUCUAUAUAAAAAGAUGAAGAGUUGAACAAAGUGUGAAAUUCAAUAAAUAUGAAAUCUGUCCCAAUGAUUUUUCUAAUCUCUAAUAGAAUAACAUGAAUAAUCUUGUAUGGGAGUAGGAAAGGAAAUUUUUGAAGUCUAAAUAAAGUCCAUUUAACAGAUAUUAUAUAACAGAUAUAAUAUAAUAUUAUAACAAUAAAUUUUGUGUUAAUUCUUUGACUUUUUAUAAUGGAACACAUAAGAAUUAUUAUAUUUUUAAAAUAUUUGUGGCUUGUUGUUUAGAAAUUUCUAUAAUAUAGACAAUUUCUUAAGAAUCAUCAGUUGAUAUUUAUAGGAGUCACAUCAAUCAUUUUUAGUAGAAACCCUAAGGUCUUUAUUUAUAAUUUUAACCUUUUAAAAUUAUAAACUAAAACACCAAAACCAGACACAAAUUUAUAGCUAAUGCAUUAUUGUAAGAAACAUUCUUUUAGAACUCUGCCAAUCAACCCAUUUGUCCUCUUGUAUCACAAUUAUAACCCCAUAAAAGCAGCCACUACACUGAUUUCUACAAUAAUCACUUUCCUGCAUUUUAAAUUAUUUCAUCACCUAGUGCUUAUCUCUAUAUUUUAAUCUUAUUCAUUUAAAAUUGUCUCAUUUGAUUUAUAUUUCACAGGGACUGGAGCCGUAGCUCAGCAGUGGAGUACUUUCCUAGCAUGCUAGAGGCCCUGAGUUCAAUCCCCAAUACUGUAAACAAACAAAAACAAAAUAGAUGUUUCAUGCCUUUCUUUUAUCAGUAGUUUCCUCCUUCCUUCCUUUUUUCUUUUUGUCUUAAAAUUUCCCUGAUGAAGAACCUGACUUAGAGACAUUCCCACAAUUUGUAUUUUACUUAUUUAAUACCCAUGACCAAUUCAAUAGAUGCCUCCAAAUAUUGGCACAUAGAUCCAGAGAUUCAAUCAGACUCAAGUUUGAUCUUUUUGCAAGACUUUGGGUCGUGGUGUGUUCUUUCAUUGGAGGACCUGUAAUGUCUGGCUCUCUUGCUGUGAUGCUAGCUGAAAUUGGUAGUCAGUACCUAGAUCCAUUAAUUCACUGUGGGUUGAGAUUAUUCUCUCAUUUCUGUUAUUAGUUAUUAUUAUUAGUUAUAACGUUUUGAUAAAGAGAAAUUCCCCAAAUCUGCUCUUUGGUUAACCCAUGGUAUAGUUCAAAUAGGAGGGGGAAAAUAAGUAACUGGUUUUUCCCCCUUUAUGUUGCAGACUGGGGAUUGAACCCAGGGCCUCAUGUGUGCUAGGCAAGUGCUACAUCCUUAGCUCUAUUUUUAAAUCUUAUUUCAAGUCAGGGUCUCACUAAGUUGUCCAGGCCGGCCUCAAGUUUGCAAUCCUCCUGCCUCAACUCCCAAAUAGCUGGGAUUACAGGCAUACUCCACCACACCUGGCCUUUUUCCCCUUUUAUGUACCAAUUUUCAAGAUGAUAAAUGUGUUCAUUAUCUUAUAGCAAUCACUUUUCUAAAAAAGUAUUAUGGAGUAAUAUAUUUAAACAUAUUUGAUGGUCUUCAAUGCAUUAUAAAUGUUACUUUAUUGAAGCUCCACUUAUCUAAUCUUUGGUCAUUGAAAGCCUCAUCAAGACAGUUCUGAGACCUUUUGAUGCUUAAUGUGAAUUCCUUGCUAUCUCAUAUGACAAAAUACUUCAGGGUGAACUUAUACGUGAAUUUGUGUGUUUCCUGCUCCAGACUUCCAAUCAAUCAUUUCUUCAACGACCUGGUUUCUUGCUGUGAGAAAUGGUAUUUCAAACCAUACUCUGGACUCCUAAGGAUGUUCCUUGCUACUAGAUCGGUCAUUGUUUCAAGGAAAUAGCCAGUACUUAUCUGUAUGUUUUUAAAGAUAAAACACUUGAUGAGUUUCUUUUGCUACUUCCAAAUAAAAUUUGAUAGUAUAGGGUUUUUUCCUAACUUUUAUAUUUCAAGAAUACUCUGUACUUCUCUACUAAAAAUCUUGGUUUUCAAGAACACAAGGCAUGAUAGAAUAAAUCACAAUUACCACUUCCUUUAUUUACCUUUCACAUGCAUCUGUGUCAGAAUAACAAUACUAAUAUAAUCAUAACCAAUAUCAUGACCACAACAAAAAUGUUUUUAUUUGCUCUCCCCAUUUCCCCGCUACUUUUAAAAAGUUGUACUAUGUUAACAUUGUUAGAACAUUGGUAUAAUAUGCAUACUUUCUCCCUUUUAUCUCCAAUUUAGUCUUGGCUCUUCAAGUAAUGAUAUAUUUAACAUUCGCUACUAUUUUUCAUUCAAUGCCUCUAUUUUUCCUAACUGGCUCUUUAGUGACACUUCUAGGAUGUAGAUUAAUAUUCCAAUCUUGAAAGGAAGCUAAAACAUAAUAAAGACUAGUGGUAUCAACUCCAAAGGAUGAAAUGUUAUUUGACUUAGAGUUAACUUUUUAAUUUUAACUACUUAUAAGCUAACUUUUCUCCUUAGACAUAAAUAUAAUCACAAUCAUGGUGCCCCAAAUUUUCUAUAGCAAGUUACCCCUAACUCACUAAAAGUGUUGUUACUAUUUUUCCAGCUAGUAUGAGGUAAUCGGGAAAAUGUAAAGCUAAAUGAAAUCUAUAGGACCUCAUGUCAUCAUUUUACUUUUUAUUUUUUUGGUGGUGCUUGGGGUCAAACCCAGGGCCUUAUGCAUGCUGGUCACAUGCUCUGACACUGAGCUGCAUCCCCAGCCAUAU